GAUAAAAAGUGAGAUCGACGAGAAAAACCUAAUUAAAGCAGCAGGAGGAAGAAGAGAAGAAAAUUCUUCAGAGAUUUUUUCGUGAAUUUCAAAGGCGAAAAUGGCGAUGGCGAGUAUUGCUAGAAGAAAGGCGGCGUCUCUUCUCUCUUCGUCGAGGAAUCUAUACUGCGACGGCUCAAAGUACUACACUUUCUCUUUGAGCAGAGGCUUCGCUUCGGGAUCUGACGAGAACGACGUCGUCGUCAUCGGAGGUGGUCCUGGUGGCUAUGUGGCCGCGAUCAAGGCGGCUCAGCUCGGUCUCAAGACCACCUGCAUCGAGAAGCGCGGAACCCUAGGCGGCACCUGCCUUAACGUCGGUUGUAUUCCUUCUAAGGCACUAUUGCACUCCUCACACAUGUAUCAUGAAGCCGUACAUUCAUUUGCACACCAUGGUGUGAAGUUUUCUUCCGUUGAGGUUGAUUUACCUGCCAUGAUGGGCCAAAAAGACAAAGCUGUGUCUAACCUUACACGAGGUAUUGAGGGUCUGUUCAAAAAGAACAAAGUGAACUAUGUCAAGGGCUAUGGUAAGUUCCUCUCUCCAUCAGAAAUUUCAGUUGACACGAUUGAAGGAGGUGAAACUAUUGUCAAAGGGAAAAACAUUAUAAUUGCAACUGGUUCUGAUGUAAAGAGUCUUCCUGGAAUCACCAUUGAUGAGGAAAGAAUUGUCUCAUCGACUGGCUGUUUAGCAUUAAAAGAGAUUCCUAAGAAGCUAGUGGUUAUUGGAGCCGGGUAUAUUGGCCUUGAAAUGGGGUCUGUCUGGGGCCGUUUGGGGUCAGAAGUCACAGUUGUUGAAUUUGCAUCUGAUAUUGUACCGAGCAUGGAUGGCGAAGUUCGAAAACAAUUCCAACGCACACUAGAGAAGCAGAAGAUGAAAUUCAUGCUUAAAACUAAGGUGGUCUCAGUUGACAGCUCAGGCGACGGCGUUAAGUUGACACUCGAACCAGCUGCGGGUGGGCCCCAGACUGUUCUAGAAGCUGAUGUUGUUCUUGUCUCCGCUGGUAGGGUUCCAUUCACUUCAGGGCUUCAGCUGGAAAAAAUAGGAGUUGAAACGGACAAAACCGGCAGAAUCUUGGUCAACGAGCGGUUUGCCACUAAAGUACCUGGGGUCUAUGCAAUCGGUGAUGUCAUUCCAGGCCCAAUGUUGGCCCACAAGGCAGAGGAAGAUGGUGUCGCCUGUGCGGAGUUCAUAGCAGGAAAAGAGGGCCACGUGGACUAUGACAUGGUCCCCGGAGUUGUUUACACACAUCCCGAGGUGGCAUCCGUCGGGAAAACCGAGGAACAAGUGAAGGCACUCGGGGUGGAUUAUCGUGUCGGGAAGUUCCCAUUUAUGGCCAAUAGUAGGGCAAAGGCAAUAGAUGACGCCGAGGGAAUCGUCAAGAUUCUUGCUGAGAAGGAGAGCGACAAGAUACUGGGGGUUCACAUCAUGUCCCCCAACGCGGGCGAGCUUAUUCACGAGGCGGUGCUGGCUUUGCAGUAUGGGGCGUCUAGCGAGGACAUUGCGCGCACAUGUCACGCUCACCCAACGAUGAGCGAGGCUGUCAAAGAAGCUGCCAUGGCCACUUAUGACAAGCCAAUUCACAUGUAGAUAAGUGAUGCCCUUCUCUUCUUUUUGGUUUGAUAUUAUUAUCAUCUCUUGAGAGUUUUAAAAUGACUUUGCAUAGUUUUUUGUCUUACCCAUUUCAUUUGAGGCCUGAUGAUGGUGAGGGCUUCUUUGUUUGCAUUUAUGUCCCUAGCUUUUUAAAUAUUUUUGAUACAAAUAAAAAUUGGUAUAUCUGAGAAGGUUUACAUUGGACUUUUAUUUUUAUGACCAUUUACUAUUUUUAAUAAAGUUUACCUCAUUAU